AUGGACUACGGGAUCAUUGCCGAAUCAGAGGCGAAGCGGAGGAAGAUCCGCAAAGGGACCAAGAGUUGUUGGGAGUGCAAACAGCGUAAGAUGAGAUGUGUUAAUGCAGACCCCAGCUCUCCAGCCGAUGCCGAAGCCGUAUGCAUUGGCUGCCAGCGGCGAGGAUCGAGAUGCGUGAGCCAGGAGUUUGAGUUGGUUGACGGAAGAGAGAACGCAGGAAAACUCGAGAAGAAGGGACGACACCACAAGCACGGUAAAGAUAAAGAUCGUGUUGCGAGGGUUGAGGCCUUGGUUGAGCAACUAAUCAGGAAAGUGGACCGUCAUGGGGAAGUAGGGGAACCUGCAACAAGUGCAUUCCCUAAACCUCCAGAUCGGGGAAUCCCUACUAGUGCAUCAAUAGACCAAGACUCUUCACUUUUCUUGUCUUUACCCAAGCCUUCGAAUGAUAAUGGCCCGGCUGAAGCAGUAGGGAGAUAUGAAAAGCUCUCUCAAAGAUUGCACGAGUCCUUGCCGUCACGACGAGUAAUCGAGAUGAUAUACAAUACCCGCCGUAGAAGUGACAUUAUUUUCUCUGAGGUGCUGAACGCUCCAUAUGCUGUCCUCGAGCAGAGCGGCCUCAAGUCGUCAGACAGUUUACUCGAAGUCCCUAGUGCGAGUUCGCAUCCAGUGUUGAUCGCAAGACACAUGCUUUACUUUGCUACUUUCCUGCAGCAUCUCGACCCUGAUUCCCUUCGAGCAAUAAAUGGCCUGCCGGAACCACUCUCUACACUGAUGGAUAGAUUAGCAAGAACUGCUAUUACUUUGGUCACGACAAGCGAUGAGUUUUUUGGCAGCAUUGAAGGACUGGAGUGUGUUAUGAUUGAAAGCAUGUACUAUCAUAAUGGUGGAAGUCUACGACGAGCUUGGAUAGCGAACCGAAGGGCUAUGGCUAUUGCACAAAUGAUGAACCUCCAUCAAAGUCCAACUCGAGCAAAAUACAAGGUUCUUGACCACGAAACGAAAGCACAUCCACAAUUCAUGUGGUUUCGAAUUAUCUCCCUCGACCGUAACUUGUGUCUCAUGCUAGGCCUUACGCAAGGCUUCUUCGACCAGAGUAUGGCCACUGGCACAGCAUUCAGAGAUGACACCUCUAUGGGCCGUCUCGAGCGCAUGCACUGUACUCUCGCGUCUCGCAUAUUGGAACGCAACGAAUCUGACCCAUGUGCUAAUGACUUUGUCCUGACUCAAAACCUCGAUUUGGAGCUACAGAAAGCGGGUAGAAGCAUGCCUAGCAAAUGGUGGCUUAUGCCAAACCUAGACAGUGUCACGGAUGAUCCACUGGCUCUCUUUUUGGAUAUGGGACGGCUGUUCAACCAGCUGUAUCAUUAUAACUUGCUCAAUCAGCUCCACCUGCCUUACAUGCUUCGUUCAUCACUUGAACGGAGGUACGAAUAUCCCAAAAUGACCUGCGUGAAUGCUUCAAGGGAGAUUCUCUCCCGAUUUAUCAUGUUUCGGGGCUACACCAGGAAUAAAUUCUGCUGUCGGACAGUCGAUUUCUUCGCACUCGUGGCUGCCAUUACAUUACUUCUGGCGCAUCUCGACAGCCACCGCUUUCCACAAACCAGCAACCUCUUAGCGCACCAAUAUCUUAGUGAUCGUGCCAUGAUAGAGCAGGCGCAGGUGAACAUGGAGCAAAUCAUUCGGGUUAACGGAGAUACUUUGAGUGCCCAAAGUGCGGAUUUGUUACAGAAGUUGCUGGCCAUCAAUUCCGAAACAGUAGAUGGCGUCAGUAUGGAGAGCGUCAGCGUUCAGACGCCAGAAACUGCAGCGUUGAAGUCAGGUGAAAAUGUCAACGGCGUUGUUCGGGUGCAAAUACCGUAUUUUGGCAUCGUUAGGAUUGCCCGUCAGGACGUUAUAUCUAAGGAAAUGGCUAACGAAGCACCUUUUUCAAGUAAUGGCCAACCAUACGUUCCGAUGGUUGGUAUGCAUAACACCGAGAGCUCAGGAGCUACAGUGCGUGAUCUUGGCUCUGGUCGCUUAGAUGGAAAUGCAUUUUUUAGGUCAAUGACGGAAGCGGAACACAACUCUGUUGACAGUCUUAAUGGUCAGCAUGUACAACUCACCUCUCGAUAUCAGGAUACUGUUUCUGAGACCCUCGUGCAUGGCAAUCAGGAUCCUGAGCUCACUGCGGGGAUGGACGACUGGGCAUUCCAGGGUGUUGAUACGGCUUUCUUUGACAGCAUAAUGAGAGGCCUUGACAACGUACAUAGUUCAGAAAUUUGGCAUGAUAGCCCUUAA